AUGGAACACCCCACUUGUAUUUCGGAAGAAUUGAAGCGGUUUGUCGUGAGGGAUGCUCCCCAAACAGUGUAUUACAUCCCAGAUUUUAUAUCAGAAGAGGAGGAGUGCUACCUUUUGCAGCAGGUUUAUAAGUCUCCAAAAACUAAAUGGACACAGCUUUCUGGCAGAAGGCUUCAGAACUGGGGAGGCUUACCGCAUCCUAAAGGCAUGCUGGCGGAAAACAUCCCAGGCUGGCUUCAGACGUACUGUGAGAAAGUAUCCCAUCUUGGAGCCUUCGGUGGGAAAACGGCCAACCAUGUCUUGGUGAACGAGUACAAACAGGGCGAGGGGAUAAUGCCCCACGAGGACGGCCCUCUGUACCACCCCACGGUCACCACGGUCAGCCUGGGCUCUCACACGCUGCUGGACUUCUACAGGCCUCUGGACAGCUCUGAGGAGGAGGAGGAGGAGGGGGCGCUGCAGACGGAGGCCAGCCGCCACCUGUUCUCCAUCCUGGUCAGGCCGCGGAGCCUCCUGGUCCUGCAGGACGACGUGUACACGCGCCUCCUGCACGGCAUCCAGGCCAGCGCCCGGGACACGCUGACCGAAAGGGUGGUCAACCUGCCCGCCGACCAGGCCCGGCCGGGGGAGACGCUGACCCGGGGCACCAGAGUGUCGCUCACAAUAAGAUACGUCCCCAAAGUUAUGAAGACCAAGCUGGUGCUGGGGAGGAAAUCUCUGUCCAAACCGACUGCGAGGUUUUCUCAUCAUGUGCUGAAAUGUGAUGGCAGGAAGAAGGGAAAAACGAUGGAGCCGGAGCCGAAGCGCCGGAAGUCCUGUGCGUGGGCAGUGGACUCCUGGGUGGCCCGUCCAGUGCUGUCGGACGCGCAGUCGCAGGAGGUGGAGCUGCUGGAGGCCUUCGCGGCGCCCAUCACCGACAAGAGACAGACGUCCAGACUCGUGAAAGAGCUGAGCGGCCUCUACCCGCUGACCGGCCUUCCGCACCUCAAGAGGGUGCGGGCCAGCGGGGGGGCGGCCGGCGCUCACGCCCUGGAGGUCCUGCUGUGUCUGGUCAGUGAGGCGGGGGACGGAGACUCCCCGCUGCCCUCUGAUGGAGCCAGGUGGGAAGGGCUGGGGGAGCCCUUUGUGGUCAGCGUCCCCGCGCGCCCCCCGCUGACCCGCCCCCAGUUCGAGCUGGCCAGCCGCUGCUGGCCCACGUCCUUCCACGAGGACAAACGGAUCACGGUGGCCUUGAGGGGAGAGCUGUUCAGCCCCGGUCAGAGAGCCAGGAUGCAGGCGUACAUGGCGUCCGCCCUGGAGGCGGCUCAGGCCGCGGGGGGGCUGGGGAUGGAGGCCGUGGGGGCCGUGGUGGUGGACCCCGAGGAGGAGAGGGUCAUCGCGGUGGGCCACGACUGCAGAGGCCAGCACCCGCUGCUCCACGCCGUCAUGGUGUGCGUGGACCUGGUGGCCCGGGGCCAGGGCGGGGGGUUCUACAGCUUUGACCGCUACGCGGCGUGCCGCUUCACUCCCGUCCCGGGGACCUUUGACCCCGCGUCCGGCCCCAAAAGCAGCGGCCAGCCCUACUUAUGCACGGGCUACGACCUGUACGUGACCAGGGAGCCCUGCCUCAUGUGCGCCAUGGCGCUGGUGCACUCCCGCAUCGGGCGCGUUUUCUACGGGGCCGCCGCCGCCGACGGGGCGCUGGGCACCGAGCUGAAAAUCCACACGCAGAAAGACCUAAAUCAUCGCUUUCAGGUGUACAGCGGGGUGCUGAGUAAGCAGUGUGAGGAUCUUAACCGCGCGGACCACCUGAUCAGAACUGACAAGGAAGAGGGGGAGAAAUGUUGA